AUGGCUGCGCCGGGCAUCCCGCUGGACCUGCUGGAGUCCGCGCGGCGGCUGAUGGCGGAGUGCGAGGCGCGCGGAGUGCGCUGGGAGCUGCUGAACGCCGCGGGCGCCUUGAGCGGACGCUCAGCAGAGUGCGCUGUCCGUGGAAGCUCCGUGGAGCAUGUCGCUGCAACGUCCCCCAUCCCCGCAGGGCCUCCGCCAAGUGCUCCUCGCGCUACUCCCGCUCGUGCUAUUCCCGUUUCCCGCCUGCGCCGCGGACGCGUGUCCUCCUGCUCCUCUCUCCCGAUCUCCGCCGACGUAACCUCUGCGUUCCCCUCCUCCCCGCUUUCCACUUCCCCGCUUUCCCCAUCCCCGCUUUCUCCCCUUUCCGCUGCCGCUGCCUGUGUUCUCUCCGCGCCCGCCGCGCCUUCUCCCGCAAAACCCGGCCCUUCUGAAAGCCCGUCACAGAGGGAACGAUCAGGCAGCAGCGGGGAUGGCUCCACCAAUAGCGGAUGCAGUAGCCCUUGCCCGACCAAUCCGGGCAGCUAUAUGGAAAAAAUCUCGGCGGGAGGGAAAAGUUUGAAGCCGUCGGAUUUCGUUGUUCUCAAAAUGCGUUAUGAGGAUAUCAAGGGUCGGUAUUCGCUUGGGAAGAAGGAGAUUGGUGAGGGCAGAUUCGGUUCGAUCCGAACCUGCUUAGAACGGAGCUCUGGCAACUUCUACGCUUGCAAGACGAUUUCUAAGAAGAUUAUCGAGACUCCUGAGGAAGCAGAUGACGUACGGCGUGAGGUGAUGUUCCUUGCAACGCUAAAAGGCCACCCCUACAUCGUCACACUCAAGGAGGCGCUAGAGGACAAAACGGCCAUCCACCUCAUCAUGGAGCUCUGUCCGGGCGGCGACCUCUUCGAAAGAAUCAAAUCCCGCGCCCAACUCUCCGAACCCGAAGCAGCUUCAAUCGUUCGGCAGCUUCUGGAAGCUCUUAUCCACUCCCACUCCUUGGGAAUACUCCACCGCGACGUGAAGCCCGAAAACAUACUCCUUUGUAGCCCCUCCAGCUGCUCCUCUAUAAAGCUCAUUGAUUUCGGCGUGGCUACAGUGCUGCCGGAGGGUACACUGUGCAACGAGGCAGCUGGAACUCCGGAAUACAUGGCACCUGAAGUGUAUGAUGAGAAAUACGGUUUUGGCGCCGAUGUAUGGGGUGCUGGUGUUUCACUCUAUGUGAUGCUUUCGGGCAUCCCGCCCUUUUGGGAGUCGACCAAUCGGAGUUUGGAGCAGGCGAUAAGGAUCAAGAAGGUUUCUUUCAAGCACUGGAAGUGGGCGGACGUGUCGGGGGAAGCAAAGGAGCUUAUAACGAGGAUGCUGGAGAAAGACCCGAGCAAGCGCAUCACUGCCCAGGAGGCUCUAGAGCAUCCUUGGAUCACCAAGCUUGCUCCAGCUGCAGCAUGA